AUGGUAGCCACACCCUCCGCCAAGGUGUUGCCGAACGGACUUGAGGAACUGCCAAGAAGAAGAAAAGAGGCGUCAUCGCGAACGACGAUAGAUGGAGCUUGUUGGCAAGAACAUUUUGUAAACGCCCCAAAGGCAUCGCUCACGGCGACUGUCGGUUCGGCCGUUGCGCAAUCCUUGAGUUAUGUGACGAUUCCCAAUUUUGGCAGCGUAGAGGAACGCAUGACAUUGCAAGAGUCGGCAUUGCGUUUACAAGAAGAACAAAAGGAAGAACAACAGCGUGAACACCAGCGUCCUCAUGUUAUGGGAGCGUCGCAGGUCAACUUCAAUUGUACUCGGUAUUCCGUGGAACGCUUGCUCGAUGCACCAUCGAAAGCGGUGAGUGCUAUUUUUCUCGAUCGUCUCUUGAAAUUUUUGCAAAACGACAAGGACCUAUCUCGAAAUAUUUUAAGUACCGAGAAUCCAGAUGAUGAAAGCAGCGAGUUUCCAUCUACGACUUCGAGGAGUACUCCAAUACACCAGCUGGAGGCGACGUGGUACGCGGAGCCCGACGAUCGCGGUGUAUUACACCCCGAGCCAAAAGUGAAUAUAUACCAAAAAGGAGGAUAUUUCAAACAGCACGUAGAUGGGAUGCAAUUGACGCUCUUGGUGGUAUUGAAUGAUGCCUUUGAGGGUGGUGGAACAGCCUUUUAUGCUCAUGGCGAUCAUGAGGAGGAGGAUAACGCGGACACAAUCAGCAACAACAACGACGAGAAGGAGUUUGACAGGUGGGUGAGUCCUCCAGCCGGUACUGCCAUUGUCUGGGGAGCCGAUUUGUUACACAUGGCCCUACCCGUAAGUGAGGGUAUGCGAGCAGUUUACGUAGGAUCAUUUGAUCUCAACGAGGCGCCGGGGCAUGAGGACGCGACAAUUACGAUAUGA